AUGGGCCUCGUCACGCCGAGCAGCACAACCCCCCGGGAACAGGAAAUCAUCAAGAAUGUCCUCACCCUGUACGCGGCUGGCCUCGCGUCGCAGCUGCUCAAGUGUGCAACAUUCGGCGUGCUGUUGCUCUUCGGGCCGCAGCAAACGGCGCGGAACAAUUACCCCCGCUUCCACCGCGGUCCCUACUGGACGUUGCUGGAUGUUACCCACUUUGCGCUGUUCCUGCUGACUGCUUCCCUCGGACUCGCGAAGGGAUGCCUCACUGUGGAGUCUGGUGUUCGGGAGAACACCGUGCUCCUCACAUCCCUGCUGGACGCCACGUGCGACUUUGCUCUGGCCUUGUCAUCCAUUGUCCUUUUGGGGAUUGCGUGGAAACGAUGGAGGCGCUGCCUUCCACCGUCGGGGUUCGUGUGCUCCCUGCUGGGAUUCCUGACCACUGCUACCGUUCUGGACGUAGUGUCAAAAUGCGCGUAUCAGCAACAGAAUCAGGAUAUCGAACUCGCUGACGACUACAUCACUCAAAACGUCCUCAUCGUUACGGUACUGCUGACGGUCUGUGCAGCUGGAAAUUUCGUAGGUGCUGGAAUACACGACCACGUUAUCUCCAGGCCGAGCUCUGUUCACGGGUAUCAAGGCUUCGUGGACGAGGAUCUCGUUUCAGUCUUUUCCAAGAUAGCGUGUUUGUGUCUCAUCCCAACCUUCUAUGACAAGAUGAAAAGGGUAUCUUCGACGCUGGAAAUCCCGCAUUUGCGAAGGGGCAUGCGCUGCAAGUACUUGGUCAAGGAGCUUACGUCAAGGCUGGCAAACGGGUAACGACCGAAACGUACGCCGCUGGGUCAAUUACGAAUAAACCGUUGCUGCGGUUUGCUCAAUCGCCUAAAUAAUGGCGAUGGAUAUGCGGCCGUCUUGAUUAUAGCUAUCCUGCUUAUGUGGAACAGUACGGUCGAUUUUCUUUACCCGGCCCCACUGAAACGGUUCGUAUGCAUUCCAAUAAAUCAAAAUGUAGAAUUUUUAAGGAAUUUAUACGGAAUCCGCAUGUACUUGGCUGAAUUAUACGGCAACUAUAUGGACUAAUUGGAGUGUAAUACGGUAAGUUUCAAUAGGGUGUACAUUAUAUUCUCACUUCAUUAAAUCAUUAACGAAACUCGAGAGCAAUUACGUAAAGUAUGGACCGCAAAUACGAAGUGAGGAGUAGAAACUACUGAAUACGCUUUAUAAGCACGUUCUUGCAACCAAGCGUUCAAGAAAAUUCACACAUUUUUUUAGGCACUUGUGCCGUCAUGCGCGACGAAUUUUAUUCGCAAAGAAAGUUUAUGCCAUGAGAUGGCAUUACAAUUCACGAUCGACGUGUUGACGGGCGACCUAGCACACCACAAGUCUGAAUCGUUAAUUCUUUGCUUAGAAAGGUAGCUGCAGCAUAAGAAACAUGAGGAGUUUUGACAUCGACUU